AUGGCCCCACCCACACCAUUCCACAGGAUCCUCUGCCUCGUUAUCUGCGUCAGCUUGGCAUGGUUCUCGGUAGUCGCGAAGCCCAUUGAGCUCCCCGCCCUCAGCCAGCGCCAAUACAUGGGCAACUUGUCCCAAAUCGUGGAUGCUGUGGAGGGAGUGAGUAAUGAGGGCACUCACAGCGUCGCCGGUCACCUGCCAGCGACUUUCACCAAAGCCACACCUACGUGCGUCGAUCAUGACCACUGCGCCUCAGGCUGCAUGGUCACCGAUGCCGCUCCGAACAAUUACACACUCACCUGUUCACCUCCCUCUCAAUGCUCUCUUGACCGUGAGGGCGUAGGUUCAACAUACUCUCGCUACACAUACGGCGGCAAAACGAUGAAAUUCAAUGCGCUUCCCUCCACCUUGACCGGCACGAACGUGGCGCCUUUUGUUUCCGUGGGGAUGCACGAGUACUCGCCGGUCCCAUAUUCAGUUCCGGCUCCAGUUGAUACAGCGCAGCCCGCAAUGACCGGCGCGUCAGAUCCAACCAUUCUGCCUCCGUCUUUGGCCCCUUCCCCGCAUCCGGAGGAGGUUGUCACGUUCACAGCGAGGCUCAGCAAAGGUCACAAUGGUGAGCCCGAUGAGCCGGAGAUCACACUGUCGCCCGAAAAUGCACCUGCUCCAGUGCCUGGGCAGCAGACUGUGUAUGUCACGAUCACUGAGGACUCGACCACGGCCUCCCCCAUUCCGACUGCGCCCUUCAGCACCCAGCCCUUAUCUGAAGGCCACCCUGAGUCCAACAAGACUGCGAUCAUUCUUGGAUCCGUCUUCGGAUCCCUGACGAUACUGUGUAUCUUGAUCGUCUCAGUGGACCACCUGCUCAAGCUCAGGCGACAGAAGCGCGAGGAACUCCAGGAAGGCCAGGAACGCCACGACUCGAUCUCCAGCGUCGAGGACAUGUCGGAGCUCCUGCGACAGCAGCAGCAGACCUACGGCUACUAUGGCACGCAGCGAGUGGCGAGUAGUAGCAUCGUUCCGCAGCAGAUGAAGGUCUUCCCGGCUAGCUCUGAGCCUGUUGAGCUUCCGAGCGCCAAGGACGAAAUGGUGGAGAAGGAGCGGCGUGACGGCCACUAG